CUGAAGGUGCAGCAGGGGGGCCUCUGCACGGAGGAGGCGGAGGACCAGCCCACAGUGAAGGAGAGGUCGACGGUGCUGGCCGCCGAGAGGGGCACUCUCGGGGCGAUCAGUUGCUGGCUGGAGGAGGAGAGCAGGUGCUGCGCGCAGUCGGUGCUGGAGCGCAGGCUGGACAGUGUUCUGACUUCUCGCCCCGCUGCUUCUGCAUCGGAGGUGGUGCCUCCCAAGACGAAGAAGAACAGGUGGUCCCGCCAGCAGGACAGGGAGGCAUUGGUGGAGAGCUUGAUCGACCAGGUCGUCCGUGACCGCGGCUAUGUCUCCACAGGCGGGAACGCUCACGAUUUCAAGAACUUUAAGAGCAAUGGUGUCGCCGAGCAGAGCGUCUUCUGGGGCCUCGACACGCUGGGCAAUGGCACGGACAACGGGGAAGACGAGAAGAAAGACCACGGGCAUAAUCCCGUGGGCGCAGGGCUCUACGGCCACGUCGGUAGCGGAGACUUGGGCUCUGACGUGUACGAUCUCGACGACGACGAGUUCACAAGCGGCAUCCCU